CGCGGCGCCGGGUGCCCCCGCCUCUCGCCGGCGACCCAGGCCCCUAACUCCGACUUCCGUUAAGGACAUCCCAAGGUCACCCCGCAGGCAGCCCCUCGUCUUGGCCUCUUCGGGCCAAACUUGGAGGGUCCCGCGUCGUCCAGUUGGAUCAAGUGCACUGUGAUGAGUGGACAAAAUGUCAAGUGCCGGAUUCUGGGAUUCUUAGAAUUGGAAGAAAUCUGAUAAACUGAGAUUUUUGCUGUGAGAAUUAACAGCGACGGUUCGAUAUGGGAGAUAUUCUGGCUCAUGAAUCGGAAUUGCUUGGGCUAGUGAAGGAGUAUUUAGAUUUUGCGGAAUUUGAAGACACCUUGAAAAUAUUUUCAAGAGAAUGUAAAAUAAAAGGAAAACCGUUAUCUAAAACAGCAGGUGGCCCCUUAAGGGACUCCAGAUCAUUGAUCAUCCAGAAAGACCUCGUUGCUGCAUUUGACAGCGGAGACCAGAAGGUGUUCUUCGACUUGUGGGAGGAGAACAUUCCUGGCUCCGUCCGAAACGGAGACUCCUUUGCCCAGAAGCUGGAAUUCUAUCUUCACAUCCAUUUUGCCAUCUAUCUUCUGAAACACUCCGUGGGGAGACCAGACAAAGAGGACCUGGAUGAAAGGAUUUCUUAUUUCAAAACCUACCUGGAGACCAAAGGGGCCGCCUUGAGCCAGACCACGGAGUUCCUCCCUUUCUACGCCCUGCCUUUUGUCCCUAACCCUCGGGCACACCCCUCGUUUAAAGAGCUCUUCCAGGAUACGUGGACUCCAGAAUUAAAGUCGAAGUUGGAAAAGUUUCUGGCUCUAAUUUUUAAAGCCAGUAAUACACCAAAGCUUUUCACAUUAUAUAAGGAGAAUGGUCAAAAUAACAAAGAGGUGCUGCAGCAGCUCCACCAGCAGCUGCUCGAGGCCGAGCGGAGGUCCAUGACUUACCUGAAGCGCUACAACAAGAUCCAGGCUGACUACCACAACCUCAUCGGCGUCACGGCGGAGCUGGUGGAUUCUCUGGAGGCCACCGUCAGUGGCAAGAUGAUCACUCCCGAGUACCUCCAGAGCGUCUGCGUCCGCCUCUUCAGCAACCAGAUGCGGCAGAGCCUGGCGCGCAGCGUGGACUUCACCAGGCCCGGCACGGCUUCGACCAUGCUAAGAGCCUCAUUGGCACCCGUGAAGCUGAAGGAUGUGCCAUUACUGCCCUCCUUGGAUUAUGAGAAGCUGAAGAAGGAUCUGCUCUCCGGGAGUGACCGCUUGAAAGCCUUCCUGUUGCAGGCUCUGCGCUGGCGCUUGACCACGUCCCACCCCGGAGAGCAGCGGGAGACGGUGCUGCAGGCCUACAUCAGCAAUGACCUCUUGGACUGUCAGAGCCACAGCCAGAAGAGCGUGCUCCAGCUGCUGCACUCCAAGAGCGAGGUGGUGCGGCAGUACAUGGCCCGGCUCCUCAACGCCUUCGCGUCCCUGGCGGAAGGUCGCCUCUACCUCGCUCAGGACGCUAAGGUGCUGCGGAUGCUGGAGGAGAGGCUGAAGGAGGAGGACAAGGACGUGGUCACCCGGGAGAACGUCCUUGGGGCCUUGCAGAAGUUCAGCCUCAGGCGCCCGCUGCAGACGGCGAUGAUCCAAGACGGCCUUAUCUUCUGGCUGAUCGAUCUCCUGAAGGAGCCUGACUGCCUGUCCGACUACACGCUGGAGUACGCCGUGGCCUUACUCAUGAACCUCUGCCUCCGGGGCGCAGGGAAGAACAUGUGUGCCAAGGUGGCAGGCCUCGUGCUGAAAGUUCUUUCGGAUCUGCUUGGUCAUGAGAACCACGAGAUACAGCCGUAUGUGAACGGAGCCCUCUACAGCAUCCUCUCCAUCCCGUCCAUCCGUGAGGAGGCAAGAGCCAUGGGAAUGGAAGACAUCCUUCGCUGCUUCAUCAAGGAAGGUAACGCUGAAAUGAUCCGCCAGAUCGAAUUUAUCAUCAAGCAGCUCAAUUCAGAAGAGCUACUGGAGGAUGCUCUUGAAUCUGAUGACGACGAAGAUGAAGAUGAUGAAGAGGACCAUGAUACUAUGGAAGCUGAUCUGGACAAAGACGAACUGAUCCAGCCCCAGCUUGGAGAGCUCUCGGGCGAGAAGCUUCUGACCACGGAGUACCUGGGAAUCAUGACCAACACGGGGAAGAUGAGGCGGAAGGGCCUGGCCAGUGUGCAGUGGAGCCGGGACGAGCCCCUGCGCCGGCCCGUCACCCCCAGCGGCCACAGGACGGGGUGCCCAGUGCCGGAAGACCAUCCCUUCUCUCUCCAGAUGACUGGACAUGCCAGGAACGGCUACCUCUCGUGCCUGUCCAAUGCCCACCUUCCUGCCUCCAAGGGGGCCGAGCCUGGCGUGUCUGAGCCUCGCGGCUCCUCUUCAGCCAAGAGCACCUGCAAAGGGUUCCAGAGCAGAAGUCGACUGGGCUCUCUCUCCUCCCCAGCUGCUGUCCUCACCAAGCCUGGAGCGUGGUUGCCAGUGGGACGUCACGGGGAGCCACACCUGCCCGCCUCGGGGCCCCACAUCCAGCAGAGGGAGGUGCCCCGACCCCCAGGCAGUGGAGAGACCACCAGGGAAUGUUCAGCUGCCCUCGCCUGCAAGCCACGGGCGCUCCGCACCCCGGAAAUCCUGGACCUGAACACACCCAAGGCCAAGGCGUCGGCUCUCACCCCUCAGUUCUCGUCCUAUGGCCCUCAGCCAGCCAGCCGCCCCGGCUCCACAGCGUCCUCCACGAGGGGCCUGCAUAGCAGCCAGUCGUACAGGAAGUGAGGACGGCUCUUGCUCAGUGUCGCCGUGCCGCUGCCCGAGGACCAGCCAGCUUCCGGGUCUUCGCCAGCUGCAGGCAACAGACGUGAAGAGACAAUGUCGGCGAGUCGCCGGUGGCCAGGGCGCUGCGGAGAGGCAGCCCCAGGACACGGGCCCAGAGGACGACCCCUCUCCCCGGCUCCCGACUGCGUGGACAGUGCCUGCCCAGGCAGGGAGCUGGACCUUCUUGGGAGCACUUGGGGGCCUGGCGGGGGGGCAGAGGGCUUAGCCGCAGGGGAGACCCUGGCCUUGGGGCACCCAGCUCUCCUUGCUCAGACCAACUAGGAGGAAACAGAGGGCCGGAGUCAGGGAAGCCAGUCCUCGCUCGUGGACCUGAGCAGCAGUUCUCAGCUUCUUUAAAAUCUGGUCAGAAAAUGGCGAAUCCCCACGCAGGUUCAAAGCAGGUGCGCUCUGCCAGGCGGGCCUGUUCCCCUCGCUCCACAGAGACCUUAAAGGCGAACAGCGCUGCCACUGCCACCGGCAAAGCGACCGGUCUCCACGGGGGGAUGCCUGGGCUCCCUCCUCGGAGGGCAACACCCUUAGGAAGGACAAAGGAAGGACACUCCCGGCAGAGCCAGCAGGACUCAGGUGUCCUACAUGUUUCCCGAGCUGGCAGCAGGGUCUGGCCUCCCCUAAAACAGGAGCACCUGAAAUAAAAGGAAUCAGUAUUUAGAUGGUUCGUGUGUGCGGCCACAGCAUGUGUGAGUGCCAGGCACUCCGGCCACCCGCUGUGCCCGGUGGGCCUCUGUGCCCCCCUGGGCACACUGGAGGAUAAGCUUUGUGCUUCUCAGCGGGUUCUGAGCCUCAGGAGCGCGGGCAGAGAAUGAGGCGCUUGGGAGCAGGCGAGGUCGAGGUUCCCCACAAGAGGCACGCGCCCCCAUCGACCCUAGGGGCGUCUCCUGAGCUCCUGGCAGCGGUGAAGGCUGGCACGGCUGGACCCUGGCCCACGGCACAUGUCCAUGCUCUGGAUGCCCCUCUCUGUCCCUGGGGAAGCCCUUCUUGGGCACGUCCACCCCUUGGCACUCUCUGAACUCCUAACUUAACCUGGGAGGGAGAAAGGGAAAGAGGAAAUGCGUGUCCAGUGUUGCCAAUGCGUGCAGACAGGAAGCGGAGACUGGGGCCCGGAAACGGAGUCACCCCAGUGGCUGCAGACCCAGAGCAGAAAAACAGGAUAGAAAAAAUCUCUCCUUUUCUCCCCAGUAAAUCCACUCCUCCUCAGAUUCCUGAGAUGCCACCAGCAGGCCCUCAGUCCAGGGGAGGGAGCAGCCCCGACUCCAGGAGGCCAGAGGGAAUGGGAGCCUCACCCCAUGUUAUCGCUUUUUGGAGGUGCCCAGGUGAGAGGGCACCUGCUCUUUCUUCCGGGAGCCCGUGGAUGAAGUAAGGUCUGGCUUGUAAAUGUCUGGCCAUUUUGAGAACGAAAUGAGGGGGGCCUCUGAGUAAUGAGGGGAGGAUCCCAGCGUGGCCAGGCUGCACGGAGGUCAGCAGGUGCGGUCAGGGUGGUUCUCCGGGGAAGUAAAUACCUCCUGACCUCAGCCACACCCAGAGACUCUGUAAAAUACCAGCAGCUUAUUCACAAAUACUCCAGCUACCUGGGGCCUCGCUGGGUCGCUGGGGCUGGGUACGAACAUGAUCCUUGGGAGAAAAUCAAAUACAGAAAUAAACCCAAAGGCUUCCCAGGGCCUCUGGAGAUGCUCUCAGAUUUGCUCCGAGGCUUUGCAGGGGCGCCAGGGUGAGGGACUGGGCUUCCGGAAGAUCACAGCUCCUCCACCCACUUACGCUCACCCCGUCUCUCUGGCUAGGCCCCCGCCUUUUCUCCUGACUGGGAAUUGAUCCCAUUUGCUUCACUCACAGCAACAUGUAAAUGUCUGGCAAGAGCUGAAAUUAUGGCGGGCAUGUAAUAGGCAGGUAGACAUUUAAGAUCUAGUAGCUUAAGAAGGAGCUAAAUAAAAAGCAAAAACACAGAUUAAUGAAAAAAAAUCCAUGACAAACAAAAUACUGAACUGGUUAAUAAACACAGGCCCCUUCCCUGCGCUUGGCUGGGCCUCCCUUUCACUCAGGGCCCUCGUCCCAGCCGAGGCCAAUGAAACACCAAUGAAACAAAGGCUGGGCAGCCGCCCCACCCAGCUACAGUCUGCAGGCUUGGUUUUUUUAAUAUUGCAUUAAAAUACGACUUAUCUUGGUUACCGAGCUUUGUACCCUGGUAUUUUGUGUG